UGUCUAGCAUAGCUAGUAGUUAGUUUGAAUACAUUCUCAUACUCUUGAAGCUCAGACUAUUCUAAGUCAUAAACAUAACUAUCUUAUUAUAUUCCUUCCAUAAUAAGCUCUUGUUAUACAUUGUUCCUCUGCUCUAGGAAGCUAAACCCUUCCGAAGUGGCUUACAUUAGUGAAGCUAGUCGGUAUUGGGAAAGUAUUCCUAACACAGAUGUAGUGCCGUCAGCACCACCAUAGUCCUUGAAGAAGCGAGCAACGAAGACUGGGUUGACUAAAAGACCCGCCAUAAUUCCUAUAAUACUCAGAAUGUGAAACAGUUCAUCAGAACGGACACGAACCCGAGUUGUAUCCAAAUAAUGCGUCCCCGAGACUCCCAAAGGCGCACGUCGCAUAGAGCAAAGCAGCGCCUUUGAUAGGGUAUCUGGCAUUGAUCUUCUUCGGCUUCAACUUCUUCUCAAGCCAGCUCUCCUGUUGAGAGACGAGUUGGGCAACAGACUGAGAUCGAUCGCGGAUCACAGCAUUCUGCUCUGCAACCGAAGAUCUUCUGCCGCUAGCCAUGUUUCAAUGGGUUAAGUAUUGGAAAUCAAGACUAUAGUUAAUGAAAACUCUGAUGAGGCGAGGAGCUUAUCUUCACACUCUGGCGAGGACAACCCAGUUUCUUAUAGUUGUGACGGGAACAUCAACCUAUACCUAUUCAAUACAAGUGGACCUAUCCAUGGGGCAAAUGGCGGGGUUCUGGGGUUGUAAUGAGGAGUCAAGUCGUAUCAUGGGGAAUACCGCAUGGCUAACUGUCAGCAUCACAAUGAGGCUGAAGAAAGAGGCAAGGCUAGAUUCAAAAGCUAACGUUAUUUCGUAUGGUCAGAGUAAAAUUAAUGGAGCUGCUUUGUCGAACGCUAAGGUUCCGACGGCUUCUUGGCGGAGUACCCGCCGGAACCGUUAUUACUUCCGUCGGAACCGUAGAUAAAACUAGGAUCCGUACCUCCCCGUAGCUAGUAUAAUUUCAAUAAGGCUCUCUCGGCUUAAACUCGGCAUAAGCUCUCUAUAUUACUUCAUAUAACAUGAGCGGCUGAAUAUGACCACAUCUUCUAUCGUAGGCACAAUAAUAUAUGGCGCCCUUGGCAAAAGAUACGCGGAGUGAGCAGCACGAUACUGCUCAGGAGCUGACAGACCGUGCCUUCGUACUACGGAAACUUGGAGAGUUCUACUAUGAAGAUCGGCCUCAGCCCAGCCUUCAAUCUCCUCGAGACGUCUUAGUCCAAAUCGUCGCGACCGGCCUGUGUGGAUCUGAUAUACAUUACUGGACACAUGGCCGAGUUGGGCCUUACGUGGUUGAGAAACCCCUCAUCCUCGGCCACGAAUCCUCUGGCAUAGUGAAAGCCUAUGGAAGAGAUGUCAAAAAUCUCAAAGUGGGCGAUCGAGUGGCUCUUGAACCUGGCAUCGCCUGCAAUACAUGUACUCUUUGUCGCGGCGGAAAGUACAACCUCUGUGAAUCCAUGCGAUUUGCUGCAACACCUCCAUACGAUGGCACACUAUCCACUCACUACGUCCUUCCUGAAGAGUGCUGCUUCAAACUCCCGCAUUCUAUAUCAUUUGAGGAAGGUGCCUUGGUUGAACCACUCAGUGUCGCUGUACACAGUUGCAAGCUUGCAGGAAUAAGUCUGGGAACAUCGCUAGUGGUAUAUGGUGCCGGUCCAAUUGGACUACUAAGCUGCGCGGUCGGUAGAGCUCUUGGGGCUACUACUAUUGUAGCUGUGGAUGUUGUGCAAAGUCGACUUGAUUUUGCGAAAAAUUAUGCAGCAACCGGAUCAUAUAAGAUGGAAGAGCAACAUAUCGAGCUUACCGUAGAGAUGGCCAGGUCAAAUAUAGGCAUUCCGGAUGGACCAGAGGUUGUUAUUGACGCUACUGGUGUUGCCUCCUGUAUAAAUCAUGGUAUUACUGCCAUGAGGAGAGGAGGAACUUUUGUGCAAGUGGGUUUGAGCGCUAAAAAGAUCGAUUUUGCUAUGAUGCAGAUAUGCGAUAAGGAAAUUACGCUCAAAGGCAGCUUCCGAUAUGGACCUGGAGAUUACGCAUUGGCAAUUGAGCUUCUGCAAACUGGAAAAGUCAAUUUAAAAGAACUCAUCACGCACAUACAUGAUUUUGACGACGCGGAAAAAGCCUUUGAGACGGUACUGAAGCGAGAAGGUAUCAAGAGUAUCAUACGUGGUCCUAACUUUACAGGUCAAAAUCCAACAAAUUUUAUUGAAAUUUUUGGAUAGCCUAUGCAAAACGGUUUAUUGGAAUAUAUUAUGAUUGAUUAUCAUUUAUUCUAUAUAUAGUCGAAUACAUUUCCCUUGCAGGUCUACGCAGACUGUCUAUCUACCUUGAGUGUGUUAUAACCAUAACACGGGAAACACCAAGAACCAUCAUUAGAACUAUUGGUUCGGGAAGAAAGAACCAAUUGAAAGUGCAGUAGCGCUCAUUAGGUCUUGGCAUGAGCAGGAUGAGCACGAAUUUCCUAUGUCUAUAAAAACAUCCUGUCCCUACCUCAUUAACG